AUGAUCAGUGCCAAGAGACUUGUGCAAAUGGCAAGGAAGUGGCAAAGGAUAGCCUCCCUUGCGAGGAAGAGGGUCAUGCCGAUCCUGGCGAAAGAAAGCGAAGGAUCGUGUAGCACGCCGACGUCGGUGGCUGGCAAAGGACACUGCGUUGUGUACUCGGCUGAUGGGCUGCGGUUCGAGGUCCCGCUGGCGUACCUUGGCACAGUGGUCUUCAGCGAGCUCCUAAUGCUGUCGCGAGAAGAGUUUGGGUUCGAGAGCGAUGACGGCAAGAUCACGCUGCCCUGUGAUGCUGCUGUGAUGGAGAACCUCUCAGAUUAUUUUUGGAUGGACAUCCUCUCGGAUUUGAAGUCAAGAUUUCUGCAGAAGGAACUCUGUUGCCACUUAAUAAGCUCCCCAGAAGACCGUGGUGCUAAGGCACACCAGCGGCACCUCGAACCGCGCGCCGUCGGCCGUGUACACCGUGCAGUGGCCCUUGCUCGCCACAGAGCUGCAGCACUCGUCAGCUUCCUUUGUUGCCGCCGCCAAGCUGCAAGUGAUGAUGUUCAGAGGCCACCUGACUCUGAAUAUAUAGCUCACUCGACUGCUGGAGCGAAAUGGUUGGGCAAGGGACAAGGCCAUGAGCACGUCAGGAAAGGAGAGCCGACAACCAUGAUCAGUGCCAAGAGACUUGUGCAAAUGGCAAGGAAGUGGCAAAGGAUAGCCUCCCUUGCGAGGAAGAGGGUCAUGCCGAUCCUGGCGAAAGAAAGCGAAGGAUCGUGUAGCACGCCGACGUCGGUGGCUGGCAAAGGACACUGCGUUGUGUACUCGGCUGAUGGGCUGCGGUUCGAGGUCCCGCUGGCGUACCUUGGCACAGUGGUCUUCAGCGAGCUCCUAAUGCUGUCGCGAGAAGAGUUUGGGUUCGAGAGCGAUGACGGCAAGAUCACGCUGCCCUGUGACGCAGGGGUUCGAGGUCCUGCUGGCGCACCUCGGCACUGUGGCCUUCUGUGA